ACACAGCUGUUGCAACCGAAGCCCCAGCACCGGCAACCCCGGCAAAGAAACCUACCGCGAAGCGGCCGCUGCAGGCGCUGCCGCAAAGAAGCCCCAAGCUAAUCCUACACAUCCGAAGACAUCAGAAAUGGCAAUCAAGAAAUACAUCGCCGUCCAGUACAAAGUGGACGCUUUGGCACCUUUCAUUAGAAGAUAUUUGAAGAGCGCCGUCGAAUCGGGCACACUUAUACAAACAAAGGCAAGGGCGCUUCUGGAUCUUUCAAACUUGAAUCAAAAUCUGCAGCGUCGAAAAAUCAAAAAUCAGCCGGCGGUGUCGGCGGCGGCAGCAGUGGCAGCGGUGGCACAGAAGCCGGCGCCCGCAGCGAAGAAAGCUGCAGCACAGGGUACGGCCACCAGCGCAGCCGCACCGAAGGCCCAGACUUCCGCCAAACCGCCAACCAAGAACCCUCACGCCCCUACGCCCAAGAAGGCGGCCGCCGCAGCCUCUGCAGGCAAGGCCUCCAAGCCGGACGCCAAGAAAGCUUCAGCCGCCAUUAAGUGA